UACAGGUCUUCUUCUUCCCCCACUUUCGAUUCCAAAUCACACCCCAAAUCCGAAUCCCUAAUUGGCCUCGCCAGCCUUGAAAUUCAAAUCGAAACCAUAUUCGAACAUCGUUGAUUUCACAAUUAAAACUAAAAUGAAAAUUUAUAAUUGAUCGCAAUUAUUAAGGAAUAUGUUAUGUUCAAUUAAUCAGUUAUUGUUUUGAUACAGAGGUGGUGGAGGCGUAUAUGAUAAUUGGAAUUGAAGUAUAGUUUUUCAUUGUUGGGGAUUUGAUGUGAGUUUCGAUUUGGGGAUUGGGAUUUUUUCUUGGGGGAUAUGGUUAGAGAUGGCUCGUGGGGACGGGUACGUGGUUCCGGCGGACCCGCAGGCCUUGGUUGUGGUGAAGAAGAAGAACCCGCAGUCGUCUCGGAGUUGGGCUUUGGUGGAUUGCAGCGGCGAGUCCACCGUCCUCGAUGUCGACAAGUACGCCAUUAUGCACCGAGUUCAGAUUCACGCACGUGAUCUUCGUAUACUUGACCCUUUGCUCUCUUACCCUUCAACUAUUCUUGGCCGUGAGAAGGCCAUUGUUCUUAACUUGGAGCAUAUCAAAGCAAUAAUCACUGCUGAGGAGGUUUUGCUUCGAGAUCCGUCUGAUGAAAAUGUUGUACCUGUUGUUGAAGAGCUUCAGAGGAGAUUGCCUCUCGUGAAUGCCAUAGGUGAUGAUCAAAGAGAUGGGAGAGAGUAUGGUGGUGGUAAUCAUGAUAUGGAUGCUGGUGAAGAAGAUGAGUCUCCAUUUGAAUUUCGGGCCUUGGAGGUUGCUUUGGAAGCUAUAUGUAGUUUUCUUGCUGCACGCACAACGGAAUUGGAGACUGCUGCUUAUCCUGCUUUAGACGAGCUUACCUCUAAGAUUAGCAGCCGCAACUUGGAUAGGGUUCGUAAACUGAAGAGUGCAAUGACUAGGUUGACAGCUCGGGUUCAAAAGGUGAGGGAUGAGCUUGAACAACUACUUGAUGAUGAUGAUGAUAUGGCUGAUCUGUACUUGUCAAGAAAGAUAGUGGCUGGUGCAUCUUCACCUAUUAGUGGCUCGGGUCCUGCUAAUUGGUAUCCUACCUCUCCUACUAUAGGCUCAAAGAUAUCAAGAGCUAGUAGAGCAAGUAUUGCAACAGUUCGUGGGGAUGAAAAUGAUGUUGAGGAACUUGAAAUGUUACUUGAGGCUUAUUUUAUGCAAAUUGAUGGCACAUUGAACAAAUUAACCACGCUGCGAGAAUAUAUCGAUGAUACAGAGGAUUACAUUAACAUCCAGCUUGAUAAUCAUAGAAAUCAGCUUAUUCAGUUAGAACUCCUCCUCAGUUCUGGAACUGUAUGUUUGUCUAUAUAUUCUCUGGUAGCUGGAAUAUUUGGCAUGAAUAUUCCGUACACAUGGAAUGACAACCACGGAUACAUGUUCAAAUGGGUUGUCAUUGUGACAGGAAUAGUUUGCGCCUUUACGUUCCUUCUAAUAAUUACGUAUGCUCGGCACAAAGGUUUGGUUGGAUCCUGAAUUUAGUUCAACACCAUAGGUGCUCCCUCCUAUUCGAGCAAUUUGGCUUCCUUAUAUUGGAGAUGGAAUACUGCAGCUGAUUUAUCUCAAUGAUAUAAAGCUGGUUUACAUAAAUUGUCAAACAACCUAAUUUAUUUCAGGAUUGUUCUUAACACAAACUUAAAACACAGUUUACAGAAUUAUAGCAUUAUCAUUUUCAGUCAAUCAACUUUUUUUGUUUCUUUCUUUGUCAUGUCGAAUUUUAUACCUUUUUGUUCUCUUCAAAUAUUAAGAUCUUGUGUACAUCUUUUGGCUUCUGUAGCGAUUUAGGGCCAGUUUGGUAUAGCUGUGUUGUUAGAAAAAACAAUUGUAGUGCUGUGGAAAAAAACAGUCGCAUAUGUGUUGUUGUGGUGAAAAACUAUUAAGUGUUUGGUAAAUUAUGGAUUUUGAAA